GGAGCGAGAGAAAAUAAGGGAGUGACAGAAGCCGGGAGAAGAGGGGGGGCUCAUUCAGCCUACGAGAGCGAGGAGGAGUGGAGCGGUUAGUGCACGGAGUAGGGAACUUGCUGCCUGUGGGAAAGUAAACAGCACUGGGUAUUUGCCGCCCUCUCAGAGGCCUCGUCCAGCAGCAGCAGCAGCGGAUAAACGGAGGAUGAGGAUGUGUUCAAGGAGGCAGCUGAUUUCAUAGCAGGAAGUGCAUGGGAGGUUGUUGGGAUUAAAGUCCCUCUUGGGAGGUGCUAAAGCUUUCCUGUGGAAGUACUACUAAGAACAAAAAGAGCCUAUGUCCACAGCUUCAUCUCACCAGUACCUGGAGAAGGAUGUGGAGGAAGAAGAGCAGAGAGAAAAAUUCAAAUCUGAAGAUGAGAUUGACAAACAAAAGGGCAAAACUACCUCUGGAGAUGAGGCCGCAAAAUGCAGCGAGCCUCAGACACAUUCAAAUGAAUUGGAAGGGACUCAGGAAAAACAAGCGGAUCAUUUAUCCCAAGUGGUCACUACGGUUUCCCCCGGUGGACAGGAAUGUACCAGUCAUAACACUAAUCUGUCAACCACCAACAAAAGAGACCAAGCUUCCACAGACUCUGCUGCACCAGCGAACUUAAAUGAAAAGGAAGACCAGACUUGCACUGAGGUGAAGACCGAGAGGGAAACAUGCACUGUUGAAACUGACACAGGAACAGAGGAUAUCACACACAGCCCAGCACAAAAUGCUGAAGAUGAAGCCUCUGCUGAUUCAGAACACCAGACGGCUGGUCCGGAGGUGAUCUAUGAUGAUGUACCCUGUGAAGAUCUGUCUUCAGGAGAAGCUGACUUGAUCUAUGAAGACAUUCAAAAAGAGGAGGGCUUGCAAGGGCCCAAUAAUGGCUGGAGCUCAAGUGAAUUUGAAAGCUAUGAUGAGCAGUCCGACUCUGAGAGGGCGCCAACCCGCAGCAAGCUCUCCCCUGAUGUGCGACGACUGAGAGAACGUUACACCAGGACCAAACAGGAGCUAACCAUGAGACUGGGGGGCAGACAUCAGGUCCAUCAGCUGAUGCGGGCGGCACGUAGCGGAACGAAAGAUGGCCUGGAGAAGACCAAAAUCGCCGUGAUGAGAAGAGUUUCAUUCCUACAAAAAAAGGACCACUCAGAUGACACUGAGGAUGAUACUGGAUAUCUGGAUGUUAUGGUAUCAGAGGCAAAACACCCACCUGCACAACUGGGACCAAUGCCAGAUGGGCUUAGCAGCCAACAGAUUGUCAGACGUCAUAUUUUGGGCUCCAUUGUGCAGAGUGAGAGAAGUUACCUGGACUCUCUUAAACGGAUCCUACAGGAAUACCAGCGACCUCUGAUGGAGGCUGAACCAAGGAUUCUCAGUGUCAGGAAAAUCCGGCCCAUUUUUUUCCGUCUGCGGGAGAUCAUGCAGUGCCACUCCAUGUUCCAGAUUGCCCUGGCAUCUCGGGUGGCCGAAUGGGACUCUUGUGAAAAGAUUGGGGACCUGUUUGUAGCUUCAUUCUCAAAAUCCAUGGUGCUGGACGUAUAUAGUGAUUACGUCAAUAACUUCACCAAUGCCAUGGCCCUCAUUAAGAAAGCCUGCAUGUCUAAACCAGCAUUUCUGGAAUUUCUCAAGAAGAAGCAGGCGUCCAGCACUGACCGCAUAACUCUCUAUGGUCUGAUGGUGAAGCCUAUUCAGCGGUUUCCUCAGUUCAUACUCCUCCUGCAGGACAUGCUGAAGAACACUCCCACUGGCCAUGUGGACAGGCUGCCCUUGCAGUUGGCACUGACUGAAUUGGAGACCCUUGCUGAGAAACUCAAUGAGCAGAAAAGGGUGGCUGAUCAGAUCACUGAGACGCAGCAGCUGGCUCGCUGUGUCAGUGACCGCUCUCUCAGCAAGCUGCUGAACUCCGAGCAGAGCUCUUUGAUCCUUGGCGAGACGCUGAUUGAGACGGUGUACGGCGAACGAGGACAGGUCCUCAAGUCUAAGGAGCGAAAAGUCUUUCUCUUCGGCGACAUGCUCAUCUGUGCCAACAUCAAUGUCAAGGGCCCCCCUGACAUCAGCAGUCUGGUUCCAGUAGGUCCCAAGUACACCCUGAAGUGGAGCGCCCCCUUGCAGCAAGUCCAGGUAGUUGAAGUGGGUCAAGAGGGCUCCCAGACCAAGGACACUCUUUAUCAGCUGGGAGGCGUCAAGCGUCCAGGCGGCUCUUCGGGAUCGGGAAGUAUCAUUCUGGGUCCGCCCCGUCUGUAUCAGGAACUGCAGGAGUUGCAGCAUGACCUCUCAGUGGUGGAGCAAGUCACUCUGCUCGUGGGGACUUUACAGGGAACGUACCAGAAUCUGAACACUACUGUAGCACAGGACUGGUGUUUGGCGCUGCAAAGGCUGAUUCGCAUCAAGGAGGACCAAAUUCAGAGUGCCAACAAGUGCCGUUUACGACUUCAAGUCCCCGGCAGACCAGACAAGUCUGGUCGUCCUGUGAGCUUCACAGUAGUCUUCAACACACCGAGCCCCGUCAGCAAGAUCUCCUGGGUCAACCGGUUGCACUUAGCGAAAAUAGCACUGAAAGACGAAAACACACCGGGUUGGUUCUCCGCAGAGGAUGAUGGGAAGACAAAAGCUCCGUUUUGGUGUCCACUGCUGGCCUGUCGCAUUCCUGUCUUCACUUCCAGAGCCCAGGAAUGGAAGCUGGAGGCUGCUCUUCAUAAUCGUGUUCAGUGUGCUUUACUUGGUUUCUCCGCGGCGAGUACUUCACUUCCUCAAGGCUACCUAUGGGUAGCCGGUGGAGGUGAUUCCACUCAAGGCCAGGUGGACAUCUUCUCCUUGAACAGACCCACACCUCGGCCUGUCAAAUCCCUCCAGAUGGGAGCUCGAGUGAGGUGUUUGGAGUAUGUGCCUGAGCCCAGCCCUUUAGAGGAUGCUGAAACCGGCCCUCACACCUCCACGGGAGUUGGAAAUACUAUCUGUGUGGGACUUGAUGAUGGCAGCAUUCUGGUCUAUGGCAGUAUGGACACGGCCGCCCAGUGUCUCGUGACUCUCCGUAACCCCGAGGGCUGUCCAGUUCUGUGUCUCAAACACUGCAGGAACUUCCUGUUCGCUGGCCUUCGGGAUGGAACGCUGAUGGUGUACGAGAGACGUAGCGGAGGGGAACUGUGGAACCAGGACUCCUGUAGAAAAGUAACAGUUGGUUCAGAUCCCAUCAGGACACUGCUUGCCUUGGAGGACUCGGUCUGGGCUAGCUGUGCUAACACAGUAACUGUAGUUCACGUCUCCAGUUUGUCCACUCAGAGAUUUGAGGUCCAUCAGGACCCGAUGGUAAGCGUGGCCCACAUGGUGCGAGCCGGCGGGGGCGUAUGGAUGGCCUUUUCAGAAGGUUCCUCUAUACGCUUGUUCCAUACAGAAACACUGGAGCACCUGCAGGAGAUCAACAUAUCUACACCCUCGUCGUUUUACAACCCCAGUCAGAAGAGCAUGAGAGUUACCAGCCUGCUGAUUUGCCAGGGGCUGCUGUGGGUGGGAACUGCCCAGGGCAUUAUCAUCACCCUGCCUGUGCCCAAGCUGGAGGGCAUCCCCAAAAUUACAGGUAAGGGGAUGACGUCUCUAAAUGCACACUGCGGGCCUGUGGAUUUCUUAGUUGCCCUUUCCAGCACUUUGUCUCCUGAUCUUCUGAAGCGGGAUUCUAUUGUGGAAGGGCAUGAUUCGGCCUGUGGAGUGGAGGACCGCAGUGACUCGUCCUCUCAGGAAUCUCUCCAGCAGCCUAGUAUUUCCGCCCAUGUGGAUGUCAAAGGGAAGGGGCGGGGCGUGUUGCUACAGUACCGCCUCCGCUCAACCUCAGGUUUGCCCGGACGACCUUUAACCGCGAGAGGGGACGAAGCCUCGGACUCGUCUUUAGAAUCUUUGGAGCACAGCAUGGAAGAUGGCUCUAUAUAUGAACUCAGUGAUGAUCCUGAUAUGUGGGUCAAGGGUCGACCCAGCGAGAGGGAUGGGGUGAGGAGAGACAGGGUUACCUCAGUAGCAGUCAUCUCUGGUGGAAAGGGCUUCCGAAGGCUGAGGGAGGGUUCGGUGGCGACCACCAUAGAAAGCACACUUAUGAUCUGGCAGCUUCCUCUCACUGUUUGAGCUGGAAAUGUGCUUAAAUGGAUAAUUCAUGCAAAAUUUAAAAUUCUGUCAUUAAUUACUCACCCUCAUGUUAUUCCAAACCUGUAAGACCUUUGAUCAUCUUUAGAAUAAAUUAAGAUAUUUUUAAUGAAAUCCGAGAGCUUUCGAGACCCUGCAUAGACAGCAAUGCAACUACCAUGUUUAAGGCCAAUAAAGCUAGUAAGGGCAUUGUUAAAACAGUCUAUGUGACAUCAUGUCCUUACGGCCUUUUUGAGCCCGGAACGUGGUAGUUGCAUUGCUGUCUAGGCUCAGAAAUAUCUUAAUUUGAGUUCAGAAGAUGAACAAAAGUCUUAAAAGUUUGGAACGACAUGAGGGUGAGUAAUUAAUGACAGAUUUUCCAUUUUUGGGUGAACAAUCACUUUAAGAAAAUAAUUUUUUUUUUACAAUUUGCUCACCCAUAUGUCAUACCACGCCUGAAUGACUUUCUUUUGAAUGAAUGUACUGGUCACACUUUUUAAUGUAGUUAAAAUGAAUGAAAGCUUCAAACAGGAUCCAAAAGCUUUAUGAAACUUGCCAUACAACUUAUCUCCCAAAUUAUACAGUAAGUUUGUGUGAUGAACAGUCUAUUUGAAGUUUAAGAGGUUAAAUCAAAGAUCAUUUUCCUCUCCAGUUGAUCUGAAUCCUUGAGUGGAACUUGAGAACUGAUUUGUGAACAAAUCAUCUUAGACCAGUUUUGUAAAUGGGCUCAAAUGAUUCAUUAAUAAAGAUCGGACUUAAAAAAUGAUUUGUUUACAAACUAGACAUCAUUAGGGUAAUAAUGGUGAAUAAUAUUGAAUAAUUAUAUAAUGAAAUUCUGAUAUUUUACUUCAAACAACCCUUUUGAAAAAACAGCAUAUGCUGGUUAGGUAAGUUUUGAUGCUGGGAUGCUGGUUUUAGUUGGUUUAUGCUGGUCCCUUGCUGGUUUAUGCUGGACCACCAAAGAGCCAGCAUAAACCAGCAAAGGACCAGCAUAAACCAGCUAAGGACCAGCUAAAACCAGCAUCACAGCAUCGAAACCUAGCUAACCAGCAUAUGCUGUUUUUUCAACAGGGAGAGCUAUCGGUGCACCACUUUCAUGGUGCUUUUUUGUCAUUUUGGAGCCUGACAGUUCUAGUCCUUUGUUUAUUUCAUUAUACAUAAAAAUACAGUUUUAUGCAAAAGUUUGGGAACCACUUGCAGAGUCUAUGAAAAUGUGAAUAAUUUUAACAAAAUAAGAGAGAUCAUACAAAAUGCAUGUUAUUUUUUUAGUACUGACAGUUUACAUAAAAUAUAUUAAUCUAUAGUCCACAAGACAAAAAAAAAAAAAAAAAAAAAAAAUAGUUGAAAUUAUUAAAAUAACCCCCUUCAAAAGUUUGUGAACUUCUUAAUGCUGUGUGUGCUUACCUGGAUAAUCUACGACUGUUUUUUUUUUGUUCUGUUUUGUGAUGGUUGUUCAUGAGUGUGAAAACUUUUGAACAGGAUCAAGAUGUCCAAAUAUUUCUUAUUUUGUUGAAAUAUAUAUAUAUUUUUUCAAAUUAGUACUGCUCUUUGGUAGCAACGGAAGAUACUUGCAUGUUUACCAGAAGACACAUUAAGUACAGUUUACCUUAAUGUUCACAUUCAAAAAGUUUUCACCCCCGGCUCAAUGCAUUGUGUUUCCUUCUGGAGCAUUAGUGAAUGUUUGAAUCUUUUUUAAUAGUUGUGUUUGAGUCCCUCAAUGGUCCUCAAUGUGAAAAGAUGAAUCUCAAAAUCAUACAGUUCCUGUUGGAAAGGGUUCAAAUAUGCAAAAGAUGCUGGAAAACUGAAGAAUCUACAAGACCUGGAGGAUUUUUCUGAAGAACAGCACUUAAUUGUUCAGAACAAACAAGGGACUCAUGAACAACCAUCACGAAACAAAAAAAACAGUUGUAGAUCAUCCAUGUAACCACACACAGUAUUAAGAACCAAGGGUUCACAAACUUUUGAAGGGGGUUGUUUUGAUAAUUUUAGCUGUUUUUGUGUCUCGUGGACUAUAGUUAAACAUCUUUUAUGUACUAAAUAAAAAAAUAACAUGCAUUUUGUAUGAUCUCUCUUAUUUUGUUCAAAUUAUUCACAUUUUCACAGAUUCUGCAAGGGGUUCCCAAACUUUCGCAUCCCACUGUAGUGGCCGGGAUAUUUGAAAGAGUUAAAGUAAUAUGGGUUUGGAAUGACAUGAGGAUAAGUAAAUUACAGAUUCUUUUGUGUGUGGUACAAAAUGUAAGGCUCCAGUGUCUACGUUUCCAGGAAAAGAACGUCUCCUAUAUUAAUUGACCUUGCGAUCUUGAGAAAUCCAGGUCCUCCAAUAAGAAUAUUCCAUAACUAAUAGGCUCAAACCAAUAAAUUCUCAGUUAAUUCUGCCUCUGUCACUCAUACAGUACCUGGAAGGUGUUUCCUUACCAGUAGAGAAUUUUGAUCCAUGUAUUUAAUCGCAGGCUUCGCCGUAAUCAGGGCCUAAACUAUUCAAAUAGAACAUUUCCUUGAGGCCUCAGUCCGGUCAGCCUUUAGUGAAUCAUGAAUUUACCACACCACAGAGCUGCUGAGGGAUUUUUUUAUUCCCCUGCGUCUGAAGAAAUCAUAUCAGUGGAAAGUGAAAAGCAAAGUGAAAGGGGUUUCCAUGCUUUUGUGCAGUCACUCAGAGAAUAGUCUCACCUUUUGACUCUUGAUAAUGUGAACGCAUGAUUCCCUGUUGAAGUCAAGCCUGUGCAGGUCAGUGCUGCGCAAGUGUUAAAAAUGGAUUUCAAAACACUCGACGGCCUAAAUUUCUGUGGUGAAUGGUGAAUUUUAAUUAAAAUUUGUUUUAAUGGACAGUUUUACUUAUGUACACAACCUGAAAACAUUUUCACCAUAUGGCAGUCAUUUGAAACGUCUGCUUAAAUCACCAUUACUUAACAAGCAAGUUCAUUAGCAGCUGGUAGUAGAAAGAUACAAGCACCACUAAUUGCAGGAAAGUUGUGGAUCUUGUGAAGCUUUUGAUGUUUAUUUGAUCUUGUUGAAGGAUAUUCACUGCUGAUAUUUUUUGUAAUUUUGCAGUUCCAUCUGCAAGCUACAGUUGGUUACCCUCAUUCUUUGUUCUUGUUUGAUCCACGUUUAACACAGUCCACAGUCUUCCAUUAGGAAUUGUGCCAAAUGCACAUUAUGUGUUAAAGGGAAUAGAUUAAGGUUGUUUUUGGUACAAACGAACAAGAAAAUAAAUAAUAAAUUCAUUAAUGAAUAAAACUCUAAAAAGCUCUCUGUUUAAACACUAGCUUGGCCAAACUUGGAGGCCUGCUGAACCAGCAUAGACCAGCAAACCACCUUAGGCUGGUUUAAUCUUUGUUGAAGACAGCAAAUAAACUAUAUUAAACUAAAAAUCCUCAGAAACAGCUGCUGAAUAAUAUAGUUAAAUGGUUUAUUUUUCCACCCCGCACCACUUUGUCAUAAUGCAUUUUUCAUACCACGCAACAUUAUGAAUGUACGAAAUGUGUAAUUUGUCCUGGUACUGCAAACUUCUUUUUUUUUUUAAACUGUUAAACUUAAAUUGUGUUUUAUUUGCUUUAUAACAUAAAACAUUUAUGAGGGCCAUAAUAUCCCACUGAAUAUAAUAACUGUAAUGCUACAACAGUAAUUCAUUGUUUGGAUAUGAAAGUAAAAGUAAAUUAAAUUUAACAUGAAUAAUACAAACUGUGCAUUUUCCAUCCAUAUAAAGUAACCACUUGAACUUUCCAUUUGUGCCCCAAAUGCACUGAAUUUUUAGUUUUUUUUGUUUUUUGUUUUUUUUUUGCUAAUAAAAUGUAGUCUCAUGUUUGUCAAUUCACUGUUACUAAAAUAAAAGCAAUAAAAUCUA